CACGAUGCCGCCGCGCAAACGCAAGAUCGGGAGCGCGUACACGGCCCCAGAGGAGGCGGUGUAUGCCCUCCCGCCGAAGAACACGCGCCUUGCUGCCCCGGUGCCAGCUGCGGCAGUCGACACGCCGCAAGGAUGGCAGUGGGAGCAGGCUGGGCCUUCGACACAGCCAGAUCCCACCCCAGCUCCUGCUCUCGACCCCGAGGCCCAGCCUGAAGCUCCGCCUGACGCUCGAGACGCUGCAAGCCCCUCAAAGCGCGCGCUCGACGGCUGGACGACCCGGCGAAACAACUUUGCCGCGAACUGGGCGCGGCUCGCCGACCUCAAUUCCGACGUCGACACGUCGCUCCUCCCCUCGGAUGACCUCCUGCACGCGCUCCACGCCCACACGGCAGCGCUGUACGCCUCGCACGACCUCCUCGCGCCGACGCCGACAAGGACACGCAAGUACACGUACCUCUCGCGCAGGAAGCAGGCCUUGAUCGCCGAGGGCGUGAUUGCGCGCGCGCGCCCCGCGCCGCCGCGAGUGAAGAAGAACUCGACCAAGCGGGCGUAUAAGCGGCGCGAGAUGCGUGCAUGCUUUGAGGGCAAUGCGUUGUUGGCGCUUGGGGUGCUCGUCGAGGAGAUGGUGCGCGCCGAGCUCAAGGAUGCGGGAUACCUCGCGCUUGGGGGAGGUGCUACCGACGGAGAGAGGGAAGGCGCCGAGGGCCAGGAGGCGAAUGGUGAUGGCGAUGGUGACGCCGACGGUGAAGGCAACGACGACAGUGACAGCAGCGACGACGACUAGACACGACAACAAACCCCCCCACACUGGUAACCCCCACCCCCACACUGUAUCAUCUAUUGCAUGUGCCA